AAAAAACAUUUCUAGUUAUGCCCUUUAAUUUGGAUUAUUAAAUUUGUAGACCCUUGCAGAGAGUAUUAUGAUUUUAGUAAGUUUGCAACAAAGUAACAUUAUGUUAAUACUUCAGAAUUUAGAUGUGAAAAUCAAACGACUAUAUCAGAUAAUGGGAACUAUCGGUAUAUACAAAUAUUUGCAAUUAUACGGCUUCUGUAAAAUGCGUAUAACUAAAAUUGCAUAAUAUGGUUAAUGCAGCAAGGGAAUUCAAACUUUGGUUGCCAAAGUAAUCUUCAUUUCUGGAUUUGAUUUAAUUUAUUGUGAUGCCACCUGGCUUGCCACUCCGGCUGUUUGUGUUUUUGCUAUGACCAUUAGGAUUCCCAGGCGAAAUAUGUUUAUAAUCAACGCCCCCGAGGAGGAGGAGAAGUGCACCGAGGCGCAGCUGGACAUCCUGCUCAAGAUCAACACCGGGGAGUACCGGCUGGUGAAGAAGAACAAGCGGAGCUCCGUGUGGAACGUCUACCGGGAGAUAGCCCGUUCCGAUGGGACCAAGCUGAAAUGGCGCUACUUCUGCAUCGGCUGCAAGCGUGUGAUGCAGUCCACGGGCGGCACCACCUCCAACCUGCGCAUCCACAAGUGCCAUGUGCGGUAUCUCAAGCAGAAUGCCCAUCUCACCGAUGGGAGUCUCUCCUAUAACCACGCCCCCGCGCCCACCGCCGUUCCACAGGCGCCGCGCAGCCAAAAGUCGACCACCAAGCGUCCUUCUUCCUAUGCCACCCAGUGCGAGAGACUGUACGAGGUCACCAUGGAUCCGCUCAACCAGUACAGCGAUGUGGAGGACGAAAUGGAAGUUCACUUGGAGGAGGAGAGUGCCGUGGAGCAGACUCCGGGUUCGGAGCAUGAUCUGGAAUCCUCCAAGGACCGACCUCUGCUGAAGCUAUUUUCCGAGGAGAACCUGUCCGUUGAGCCAGAGCCAGAGCCGGAGGAAGAGGUCGAAACGGCGGAGACGGAAGACCACAACAUGCUGCCCAUUGAGCUGGACCCAUCGGAUGUUCAGCACGCCUCCCCGGGCUCCAGGCAUGUGGCAAGCGAGCCCAAGGCCACGGACAGCGGCUUCCUGUUCGACGCCAGCGCCCUGUCCGAAGCCGAAUCCUAUGCCAAAGCCUGGGCCCACGCCUUCCUGCGCCUGAGCGAGGAACAAAAGUUCUACGCCAAGCGCUCCAUUGAUGAGCUACUUGUUUUGGGUCGGCUGGAGCGAUUGAACAUUUCGACCGUCACAUCCUUGACCACCAACCUGUAGCAUCCAGCCGCGCCAAUACCACUUAAAUUAGCCUAAGAUUAUAGCUUAUAACGCAGAUUAAAUAAUUUGCUCAACU